AUGGAUCCCGUUACUGUUCUUGGUGUCGCGGCAUCGGCCCUGCAGAUUGCUCAAUUCAUUGGGUCGACGAUUCAAGGCCUCCACACUCUGCGGGGAAAGUUUAAAGAUGCAGAUAUAACCAUUCGCCUCAUAAUUAGUAAACUUUCAACAAUAAAAGCUGCCGUUUUCCAAAUUAGAGACUGGGCGGAAUUCAAUUCGCAUGAUUCGCCAAAAGAAAGGCAGUUCAUGGAUGGACUUCAUGUCGCUCUCGAUGGAUGCCAGGCUGCAAUUGAUGUACUUUCUGAAGAAGUAAAAGACCUCACAGUGGCUACGAGGGACUCAAAUGAUGGAAUGCCAAUUGUACUUGGGGUCAGAGGAAAAGUGGCAGCAGUAUGGAACGAGGACACUAUGAAGGCUCAUGAAGAUAGAUUACAUGGCCAGGUGCAGGCUUUACAACUUCUUCUCAUGGCAGGACAAUGUCGUGAUGCGGUAACUCAAAAGUCUCUAUUAGCACUCAAAGAAAACCAAAGAUUGAUACAAAAAGUUGCCGACGACACAAAAUCACUACGUGAGAGUUCCGCCGGAUCACAAGUUUCAAGAAGCGCACGCCAGUCUAUAUUGGGGAGUAGUAUUGGCGGAACGGUUUUUGAAUUCGAUCGCACACUACAGGAUUCUCGGCCAUACUACAAUACAGAUCCAGUGAGGGGAGCUCCAGCUCUUGCGCACGCAAAAAAUCAGCUUCCAGAAACAAAUUAUACUGCGACGACCGACGAAGGCUAUGAGACAGGAAUCACACUGUCUGAGCCACGAUCUCCAGUAUCAUCGAACCAUCGCCCCAGCUUGGACAACCGUCCCUACCUUGGUCAAACAAAUCUUUUGCCAGAAUUCAAUAAUUUUAACAUAUAUCGUAGCCGCAGCGUUGCGUCGGAUUCUGCCAAAUCAGAACCUAUGGUCAAACGAUGGUUGUCCUCAUCUUCAUCUUCCGGAGAAUCAUUACCGCAAGAAGAUAAAAUAGGUGGUUCUCGAAGGAAGAAGUUCUGGCCUAGUCGACUUGGAAAGAUUAACACUUUCAGUGCUUCUAGUUUGUUAUCAAGCCCCGAUCGGGUGAAGUCCGCCAGCCCGAGUUUACCUGCCGUCAAUCGAUUGAAACGAGGACAAGACACAAACUUCAAACAAAGUAUUGAUUUUAGCUCUCUAAAUGGGCUCCAGACGCCUACUAUUGUUCGAGCAGCUCAGGCAGGAUCUGGUGUGGAAAUUCAGGCUUUGUUGUCGAAUGGAGAUAAUAUAGAAGCCUAUCAUGGUGGUACCAAAAGAACUGCUCUCGCAGUAGCUUCUCAUUGCGGCAAUAGUGAAUCAGUUGAUCUUCUUCUUCAAUUCAAUGCAGAUCUGACUACUCGAGAUGUCAAUCUAGACACCCCAUUACAUCUAGCAGCAUCCCGGGAUCACUACUCCACUUUACAAUUACUACUCAAUGAAGACAUUGACAUAGAAUCGAGAAACAAAGACGGAUGGUCUCCUUUGUGGGCAGCUGCACAAAAUGGGCACGUCAGAUCUGUCGAGCUAUUGGCAAAGAAAGGAGCAAAAAUCAAUUCGAGAUCCAAGGAUCAAUGCACGGCUCUGCAUGCAGCAGCGAAGAAGGGAGAUAAGCAGAUGGUUGAAAUUCUACUUCGUAACGGCGCCGACAUGGAAGCCAGAGAUAAUCAAUUCAUGACUGCAUUGCAUUAUGCUUGUCAAUUACAAGUGAUAGAAUAUCUCUCGAAGAGAAAAGUUAAUCCGAAGAGCAUCGAUGAAAAAAGAGCUAAUGCGUUACACUAUGCUGCUCGUAACGGCUAUGUUGAAGUCGUGAACUACCUGCUCGAAUGGAAACUUUCAAUAUAUGAAAGUGACAUCGAUGGCUUGACACCGCUUCAUCUUGCUGUCAUUGGCCAACAUUUUGGCGUUGUUGAGUUGCUACUUCGAAAAAAAGCAGCUUUGGACCGUCGAUGCAGAGAAGGCCGAACGCCGCUGCAUUAUGCCUGUGGGUCCGAUAGCCCCGACAUUGUCAGUCUACUGCUCAGUGCUGGGGCAAAUGCCGAGGAAGAGACUAAGGGCGAUAGUCGACGGCCAAUCCAUAUUGCGGCAGCGAAGGGAUCGGUGCGUAUUGUGGAAAUUCUCUAUGGUAAAGGAGUUUCGAUUGAUCAGCGGGACUUUGGUGGUGAUCGACCACUUUGCAUUGCUUGUCGUCAAGGACAUGUCCAAAUCGUGGAGAAGUUAUUAUCGUACAAUGAGCCUCUCAGAAUGCGUUUCAGAGAUCGUCCGAAUAAAGACUCGCCUUUGUGUAUUGCUGCCAAAGCUGGUCAUCUCGAUCUUGUUAAACUACUUAUGAAGAAGGGUGCAUCUGUCAAGGAACGCGACGAGUUUGGUUACAUACCUUUAAGAUAUGCUGCUUAUUAUGGGCACCCGGAAGUUUUAGAGAUACUCAUGGAUGCAGGCGCAGAACUCUAUGAUGAAGGCGAAGACUCACAUGGCUGGGGAUUCUUAUUGAUGCCUGCAACCAUUGGAUUCUCUGAUAGCGCUGAUAUAUCAGAGGACCGUAAACACCGCGUCCGCAAGCUGCUUGAUGAUAUGGAGAGACGUUAUCAUGAGCGCGAGGACAGCAAAGACAAUGAAUAUAGAUCAAGCACUACAGCUGAGCUCGGUCGUGGGCAGAAGAGUACCGUGUACAGAAGCGAUUCAUCGAUUCCGCGGCAGGAGCUUGGGGGAUCUGUAUUCAGGGGUCUCAGGCCCAUUGAGCUAAGUGGAACUGAUAUUCGACUUCAAGAUACCUCAGAGUUUUCGCUAGGCCCACUUCUCUCUCCACGCCAAGAUGAUGGAGGCGCCGAAAGAAGCAAAUAUCAAGUUUCUCCACUUGUGACCGAAUCUACCAAUACGACUACUCCCAAGCUCGGAACUCUUAUUGAUAACCCACAAGCUCCCUGGGAAAACUCUUAUCCUCCACCCACAGUCUCCAAAGAUGUUGCUACGCUCAUUGCACAAAGGCAAGAAGAGAUACGGCAAUUGCAACAAUACCUUACACCUCCGCAAAGUACAACCGCGAUAGCAUUGCCCCUAGAAAGUCCACAUCAAAUCUUCUAUGAAAUGUCCGCGGACUGA